AUGGACGAUAGCAACGCGGAUGACGACAGUGACAUUUACAGCCUCGAGAGGAUCCUCUAUCAACGUGAGAUCAAUGGAAAACCCAUGUUUCUCACCAAGUGGGAGGGAUAUGGAGAUGCCGAAUGUACUUGGGAGCCUGCUGAGCACUUUUCAGAUGACAUUCUAGCCGAAUGGGAACGGCAGCGUGACAGUGGUGAUUUCCUACCCCCAGAACAGGUUGCUGAGGUCGAGGAGCGAAUGGAGGCUUUCCAACAACAAGAAGAACAAAAACAACUCCAAGAAACCCGUGGGAGGGCAUCGAGCCAAAAGCCCAGUUGGCAGGCAAAGUCUGAGUCGCCAGCGCCUCGAUCCCCCGUUAACCGGCUACAAGUAUCUCCUCCAACUCCAAACCGGCCCGGCUCUAAGCGACCGCAUAGAUCUCGUUCAGCGACUGUAAAGGAGGAGGCUCCAGAACACUCGGAAGUCGCAGUGCAGGGUAGAGCAAAGCAGGCCCGUCUACAGAAGCCUAAGAUGGCCAACGCAGGCUCUGCCCAGGUGACGCCAAAGCAAGUCAACGCAAAGCCACCUCCCGCGGCAAAGGGAACGACAGAAGCCACCACCGCGCCUUUUCUCAGCGCUUUAACGCAAGGCAACGCUAAUUUAUCCCCGGCGUCGACAGGGAAGCAGGGGGGAGAAAUUGUUAACGCGAUUCAAGCAUCGAAGAAAAACAAGACUAAUGUAACCCCCACCCCGAGAUCCAAACAGACCAAGCGAGACGCGGUCAAUACCCCGCCUGUUGGAAUACAGCCGGAGGGUGCUCACACUGGGCCGAUAGCGAAAGCUCCGGGAAAAAACAAGGCAGGACAGAGAUUCAGAAAUCUGAAAGAACAGAAUAUGUAUUCCAAACUCGCGAGCCGGGAACGUCCGCCAGAUAUAUCAAAGCUCGAUCUGAGAUCACCAGGUGAAUGGGCAAUGUCUGGGAGCAUUCAACCCGCUCCUAAAGUUCAAGAUCUUGCUCAAAGAGAUAAGACCAGGCAUUCUCCAUUGCUUGUCCCUGAAGACAACGAGAUGGAACAAGCCCAGGUCGAGAAUCUACCCACACAGAAAGAAAAUCUCCAGAGUUCCAAACAGAAUCUGUUAAGCGAGUUACCAGCGCCAGCUUUGGGAGCUCCGGCGGGCAGUCCAAACGCAUCCAAGGCACCAGAAAAGGCAGCUGUAAAUGGGGGCGCAUCAGAAACGUCCAGAGAAAACAUAUCUACUAGGAAGUCAGUACCAAUUAUUAGGGCCAAGUCACGCGAUUCAAUACCAUCGAAUGCAUUCGCUGAGAGACGGCCACCCUCCUUACAGCCACGCUCGAACAGCGUAAUUAUCCCGCUAGCGCCAGAGCAUGAUGAUGUCGUCGUGCCUUCAAGGCCCGUUAACAUAUCAACUUUUCAGCCACGAUCCGCCGAUGUUUCUUUCAACCAUGGCCCCUCCAAAGAGACCAUGGCUCCGGGGCCUGGUGGAUUGGCUUCGAGGGCCACAUAUCAAGGAAAGACAGGAAAUCUUGAUGUCAUUAUAAGGGCUGGAAACCACGAGAUAGGAACUGUGACAUUAGUCGGGUUACCGCUUUGGUUGAUCGGCAAACUUAGAGGUGUAAAAGAGCCAGGAGCGCUCCUUUUGACUAUUCAUUUCAAGGACAAGUGGGCCAUGAACGCGCAGGAAUUUUCCGACUUCUCUCGAAAGCUACACCCGAAGAAUGUGGGGAACUUCUCGAUCCAGGCUCAUGAUAAUACUCUGGGUGCAACUGAAGAUCUAAGGAGAUAUUUAGAAGAGUAUGAUUUGGGUGCCAUCUGGGAAUACCCUCAACCUCGGGAUAGUCUCAUUUUGAUCUUGUACUCGAGUCGAGCUUCUGGAUGGAGAAACAUCAGAGAGGGGACAGUCAGCACCCUAGAACCUCGAUUGCAGUUUGCUGUCCGCAACAAGCUACCUGGAGUCUUCCUGGAGAAUGAUCCAGGAAGGGCUGAUUACAUCCCACUAGGCACUGGCGAGCAGAAUACAGACCUGCCUGGACGUCAGCCCGAAUCUUCACAACCUGAACUUCGAUUAGUCAUGGGAGACGGGGCACGCGCUUAUGUGCAGAGCCCAGUCAAGCUAUCGGCAUCCACACCAACACCGACAACGAUAACAGCAAAAGAAAGUGCAGAUUCAGCGCGCUCCGAUGUGAAGAGUCCAGACGAGCCAUCGGCAUCGACUCCAACAUCAACCACGAUAACGGCGAAAGAACGCUCAGGUUCAGCGGAGACUGCGGUGCCUAUCAGCCAAUUGGCCCCAUCUCAAGACUUGAUGGAUUACACGACUGCCAUAUCAUCUACGGUAGGGAUGUUAUCCUUCUCGGCCAAAUUCGAUGACUUGUUCUGUGGGUGGGAUAAAACACAACGCAAGCCGCGGGUAAUGAUAUGCUUUGGGAAGUCUAACCAAGCCGAAGCCGAAGCUGUAAAGCAAUGGCUGUAUAAAUAUCUGAGCCCGCGUAAGGUUUUCAUGGAUACGGAGGAGGACGACUGGGAAGAAUUUCAGGACAACCUCCCCAACAGAACUGGCGUUGUAUUAUUCCACGAGCAGCAAAGGACAUAUUGCGAUCUACGCGAUUUCUGUAAAACCCUCCGACUUGCAUCUGUUUUCUGUCACGAAAUCUCGUCCUCAUUCCACCAGAUGAAAGAUUCCAACCUUGAUCCCAGAAGCCCAAUGACGAGACUCUUCCCACGCGGAACUGUUUUGUGUAUCACGGAAAGUACCCUGGUUCGUCACCCGGAAGAGGCAAUUUGGGCAAUCCACUGGUUCGAAAAGAAGUCGCUAAACAAACAGCGAUUCUGGAAGCUCUUUCUUCUACCGGACAUCUCUUCAUGGAUCCUACGGCGGGCGAAGGACAGCCAUGGCGUAACGCAGCAGAAGUACAUUGACAUGUCGCUAGCCUUGAAUCGACUACAAUCGCGAUCAUUGGAGGCGUCACGGUGCAACGGAGGCCGUAAUGACGACCCCGACGAAUUCGUUCGAACCCGGCCCUGGAAUCAGAGCUCCGAGUACAUUCUGUCGCCCUCUGGAUUAGUUGGCUUUGGAGAUUGGGACCGCGCUGACUUGGGUGAAGAGGCUGUGAGGGCGCGGGACAAAAGUUUCCUCGGAUAUUUCAUCGCGUGGGCAGCAAGAAAUGCGACUCUAUAUCGAAGAUUUAUUGUCCAGGACAAGACCCACAACAAUGAAACAGAAAAACAUUCAUGGCACAUUUUCUUUCGAGAGCCCAGACAAUUCGUGGAAGAGGAGAAGAGGCAGCAGGAUCGGGAGGACGAGAAGGAGCGGGAGGACGAGAGGCGGCGAGCCCGGGCUGGCUCCUCCUCCUACCUAGCCUCAUGA